UCUCUCUCUCUCUCUCUCUCUCUCUCUCUCUCUAAUGGCUCCAAAGAACGAAAAAUCAGCUAAAAACAUGUAUAACAGAGGAGCAUGGACAGCUGAGGAAGAUAGAAAACUGGCUGAGUACAUUGAAAUCCAUGGCGCAAAGAAAUGGAGAACAGUAGCAAACAAAUCAGGUUUGAAUCGAUGCGGGAAGAGUUGUAGGUUGAGAUGGUUGAACUAUCUUAGACCCAAUAUCAAGAGAGGUAACAUCUCUCACGAAGAAGAGGACCUCAUACUUCGGCUUCAUAAGCUACUUGGCAACAGGUGGUCUUUGAUUGCUGGGAGACUUCCGGGACGAACUGAUAACGAGAUUAAGAACUAUUGGAAUUCUCAUUUGAGCAGAAAAAUAAAUCAAAAUGAAAAAAUAAAAGCAUCGUCGUCCACACAAGAAUCUUUGCCGCACAACAUUGAUGAAUCUUUGCCGCACAACAUUGAAGACAUCACUAAAGAAAAAGUAGUUGAUAGCAUGGAAAGAACCGGAGACAUGGAGGUUCACUUCGAUGUGAAUGAAUACCUCGACUUUUCAAGUGAAGGGACCUAUGGAUUAGAAUGGGUGAACAAAUUUGUUGAAUUCCAUUGGGAUUCAUAGGUUAUCUAGAAAAUGAGAGGCUUGUGUAAAUUGUAAUAAGUACGUGUCUCAAUAAUAUUUAGUAUAUUUUGGUUGAUUUUGUUUGGG